UCAGAGAUGGACGCCUCCGACGACCGGUUCCUCGAGGAACGUUCCGACACCAACAGCCCGCGCUCGCACAUGAGUUCGCCUCACUCGGCGUCCUCCAUUAAUGUGACGGAGCAGUCGCUGUCGUUGCAGCAGCACCAGAGCCUGGAGACGUUACGCAUGGGCAUGUUCUUCCACGCGCAGCAGAUGCAGCUGAGCCAUAGUUUGGACGCCGUGAAGUCGAGACUGGGGCUGACCGCGGCGGGAGGUCAGGGGCCGCGGCACACCAUUGACGCCAUCCUGGGCCUCAGCGCGCCCCAAGCCGCCCCUCGCCGCGACGAGGACCUACCCGUCUCCCCGGGACACAACGAGAGCGCCGGCGAAGGUUCAUGCAACAGCAACGAUGGGUUCGGUCAGCGCACGCCGGACAAGUCACCGCCACCCAGCGACGAGGAGGCGUGCGGGGGCCGCGGGGCGGGCUCCGGCGGCGGGGGUGGGGACAAGAAGAAGCAUCGCCGCAACCGCACCACCUUCACCACGUAUCAGCUGCACGAACUGGAGCGCGCCUUCGAGAAGAGCCACUAUCCCGACGUGUACUCGCGCGAGGAGCUCGCCAUGAAGGUCAACCUGCCAGAGGUCAGGGUGCAGGUGUGGUUCCAGAACCGGCGCGCCAAGUGGCGGCGACAGGAGAAGAUGGAGGCAGCACGGCUGGGGCUGGCGGAGUACGGAGCGCCUGUGCCGCGCCUCGGCCUCGGCCUACCGGUCGACCCUUGGCUCGCGCCGCCGCUGCUCUCUGCGCUGCCCGGUUUCCUCAGUCACCCGCCGUCGGGCUACCCGAGCUACCUGACGCCCCCCGCGCCGCCCGCACCCCCCGCACUCGCGCCCGCCGCGCCCGACCCGCGCUCAACCAGCAUCGCCGCGCUGCGCAUGAAGGCCAAAGAGCACGUCGAGUCCAUUAGUAAAGGCAUGCAGAUGGUAUAAACCUCGAAUUUAUCAAAAAACUAAGAUAAUUGAUAUAGAAACUUAAAAUUAAUAAAAUACAGGAUGACCAAAUUCUAUUCCUUUUACCCUCUCAAACUUUAUUUAAUGAGAAACAGAUAAGGGUUUCGGGUAAGCUGACUUGAAUAUGACAGGGGAGAGAUGUGUAGGAAGAGAAAAUGUCCCUACGAUGUAUAGAUCGUCUCCUGCCUUAAAGGUAGGCGAUACAUCUGCAACCUUCUUGAGGAUGUGUAAGGACAGCGGUUACUCCUUAUUUAUGAGAUGGCCGUUUGCUUGUUUGUCAUAAUAGUACGUUCAGAAAGGACAAAUAAAUCUGAAACA